CAUGUAUGCUGCGCUGGGACCUUGGCCUCGCGCAGCGUGUCUGCAGUUGGCACAGCAGCGCGCACGUGCAAGCUUAUGAUUAUAGAAAACUACUCUCUAAAGCAUACAAACCUAAAAUCAGCGCAAUAGCAGAAACCUCUUUGACGAAGAAGCUGCCAAGUUCGACGUCGACGACAAACCGACCUUAUACGAAACCGCCGCAAUCCAGCUCAUUGUGGGUUCAUGUGCAUCUAAACUUUCAAUAAUAACUGGUGACCGAAAGCAGACGUCCCUGAAGUCGGGACAUCGCCCGCCACGUUUGACAGUCGCUCUGGCUCUUCCCCGAACGUUUCCAUAACCCCGUAUUGUUAUAUGGGCAUGAUUGCAGCUGCGGCUGCAGGCUGCGACACUGCAGCGGCGGACUUGCCGGCGACUCCCAAGUUUGCUCCGAGCAGCGACAACCCAAUGCUUCCGCUGGAGUCUGCUGUUGCGACCACGACCGCUGCGGCGGCAGCCGCACCCGCGGCUGCCACGGCGCCCCCUUUCGCUGCGCCGCCGCAACCGCCGCCAUGGUCACACGCUGCCUCCGAAGGGCGAACGGGCUGAACGCGGAUAUGCAUGCUGUCUGCAACGGUGCUGCAUGCAGUGCGUGGUAGCUUAAGGCAGGCACUUGGUCUGACGUACGCACCAUUGGCGCAUGCACGUGUGCAUGCACAGUCUGGCCCACAUGCAGGCAGGUUUGGUAGAGCAGGGUUGGGCAUCAUGCAUUGCCAACUGCACUUUCAUUCUUCGGGUUUCUUGCGGGCCGCUCCGUGUUAACUGCUUACCGUGACUACCAGGGACAGUUGGGAUUGGUUAGGGUGUUUGAUGAUUGUUGAUGACGUGCCGUCUGUAAGCGGGCCAGGCAAUGAGGUGUCGCCGAUCAGAGGCUGGUUAAUCGUGACCCGCCAGAGCGGGACCGCGCGUGUCUCGUACAGUGUUCGUUACGGAUGGCGCGAUAGGCAGUUAGAGGUCACUGGCGGCCUCAACAGAGUGGCCUGAUCCUUGCGGCCGUUCCGUCGUGUCGUGUUGGUGCCACGCUGGCACGACAGGUAUCCUGAACUAGAUACGGUCCCUAGCUGGUGGAAGACAGGCAGGACUGGCAAGGCCGUGGGAUGUGAAAUGGUGGCUGCAGGGCUUGCAUCUUCGGGGAGCGGCAAGAAGCGGGCCCCCAUGUAUGUAGGCCCUCGGGCGAGAAAGACUGGGCGCUUCCGGGGUUGCAUUCUCGCCGCGCGGGGCUGCUGUUUAUGCGGCUUCUUGGGCGGCACCGCUUUCCCUCAUGUAUCCAUCCGCAUUUUAGCAUUUUUA